CACGUGGCUUCUGCUUCGGGCGCGUAGGGAGGGCGGCGGGCGCAGAGAUGGACUCGCUGGAUCACAUGCUGACCGACCCGCUGGAGCUGGGAAUGGAGGGGAACGGCACCCGGAUCAUGGAGGACUGCAUGCUGGGUGGCACCAGGGUCAGCCUGCCCGAGGACCUGCUGGAGGACCCUGAGAUCUUUUUCGAAGUUGUUAGCUUGUCUACGUGGCAGGAGGUGCUGACAGAUGCCCAGCAGGAGCACCUCAAGAAAUUCCUGCCGCGCUUCCCGGAAAACAACCGAGAGCAUCAGAACAAACUCAUCUCCGCGCUGUUCAGCGGGGAGAACUUCCGCUUCGGAAACCCACUGCACAUCGCGCAGAAGCUUUUUCGGGAUGGACACUUUAAUCCUGAGGUGGUCAAAUACAGGCAGCUGUGCUUCAAGUCCCAGUACAAGCGCUACCUGAGCUCUCAGCAGCAGUACUUCUACCGCCUGCUCAAGCAGAUCCUGGCGUCCCGCAAUUACUUGCUGGAUUUAGCCAGGAGAGGAGGGCCUGAGAUGGCCCUGAAGAAAAGGCGCUUCUCACCGGUGUGUGACACGGAGGAACGGGACCGGCGGACCCACCGGCGCUACUUGAAGAUCCUGAGGGAGGUGAAAGAGGAGUGUGGAGACACUACCUUGUCUUCUGAUGAAGAAGAUCUGAGCUCCUGGUUUCCAAGUUCUCCGGCUCGUUGUCCAAGUCCAGCAGUUCCGCUGCGAGUGAUCCCCACGUUAUCCACUAUGGACAUGAAGACAGCAGAUAAGAUAGAACUUGGGGAAAGCGACUUGAGGAUGAUGUUGAAGAAGCACCACGAGAAACGAAAACGUCAGCCGGACCACCCAGAUCUAAUGACAGCCGACCUGACGCUUGAUGACAUUAUGACUCGUGUAAACGCUGGCAGGAAAGGUUCCUUGACAGCCUUAUUUGACCUCGCCACCCUGAAGAAAAAGGUGAAAGAAAAGGAAGACAAGAAGAAAAAGAAACUGAAAAUGAUUAAAUCCGAGGUGGAAGAUUUGGCCGACUCCCUAAGCAACAUGGAUGGGAUCCCACCAAUGUCUCAGGGUCCUUCUCCCAUCCCUCUGUCGUCUGUCAAAGAGGAACCUCUUGAAGACAUGAAGCCGUGCCUUGGAGUGAAUGAAAUAUCUUCCAGCUUCUUUUACCUUCUUUUGGAGAUUUUGUAUCUGGAAGGACCUGCUAGUCUCUCUGUGCUUGAGGAUAAAGUUCUAGAUUGGCAAUCUUCUCCUGCCAGCACACUGAAUAACUGGUUCUCCUUUGCCCCCAACUGGUCUGAAUUGGUUCUGCCUGCCUUGCAGUACUUGACAGGAGACAGCAGAGAUGUUCCUUCCAGCUUCUCCCCUUUUGUUGAAUUCAGGGAAAAAACUCAGCAGUGGAAAUUGCUUGGUUCUUGCCAUGAUCACGAGAAGGAAUUGGCAGCGCUUUUCCAGCUCUGGCUGGAGACCAAAGACCAGACUUUCUUCAAGGAGAAUGAAGACAGCUCAGAUGCCACAACACCAAUUCCCAGGGUAAGGACUGACUAUGUAGUCCGACCUAGCACUGGAGAAGAGAAACGUGUUUUUCAGGAGCAGGAGCGGUACCGUUACAGCCAGCCCCACAAGGCUUUCACCUUCCGGAUGCACGGCUUCGAGUCGGUGGUUGGGCCUGUGAAGGGGGUGUUUGACAAGGAAACCUCACUAAACAAAGCCCGAGAGCAUUCUCUCCUGCGCUCAGACCGACCAGCGUAUGUCACCAUCUUGUCCCUUGUUCGUGAUGCUGCUGCUCGCCUUCCUAACGGAGAAGGAACCCGUGCUGAGAUCUGUGAGCUGCUGAAAGACUCCCAGUUCCUAGCCCCCGAUGUCACCAGUGCUCAGGUUAAUACUGUUGUCAGUGGCGCUUUGGACCGUCUGCAUUAUGAGAAAGACCCUUGUGUGAAGUACGAUAUUGGCCGCAAGCUGUGGAUCUACCUGCACCGGGACAGGAGUGAGGAAGAGUUUGAACGGAUUCACCAGGCUCAAGCUGCUGCAGCAAAGGCCAAGAAAGCUCUACAGCAAAAGCCCAAACCUCCAGCGAAAAUGAAGUCGAGCAGCAAGGAGAGCUCAGCAAAAGCCCUGCCUAGCAGCAGCGCGGAGCCCGGCCAGCUGAGCCUCAGCGACUCCAGCCUGCCGCCAACGCCGGUGACGCCCGUGACGCCGACGGCGCCGGCCUUGCCCGCCACCCCCAUCUCCCCGCCGCCCGUGGCCGUGGUCAGCAAGGGCGGCCCCAGCGCCGCGCCGGAGCCCGCGAAACCCAGCCAAAGCGUCCUGCUGGUGUCCUCCCCCGCCGUGCCGCAGCUGGGCACGUUGCUGCCGGCGCCGCAGGGCUCCCCGGCGCAGGCGCCCGCGGCGCCACCCUCGGGCCUGCCCCAGGUGCGAGUGGUGACGGCCCCGAGCGGCCUCCCCGCUGCGGCUCCGCAGGCGCCCGUGGUCACCCAGCAGCAGCAGCCGCCCACGUCCACGCCUCAGAUCCGCGUCCCGGCCACGGCCUCGCAAACCAAAGUGCUGCCUCAGGCUGUGAUGACCUUGCCAGUGAAAGCUCAAAGCAGCCCCGUGCAGGUGCAGAGAGCGGCAGCCUCCGUGCCGGGGCAGGCGGGCAUCGCCGUGGCAGGGCUGUCCGCAGCUCCCAGUGCUGCUGUGAAACCGGUAACCAGCUCUCCGGGCAGCUCUGCUCCAAGCACCUCCUCUCCCACUGUCAUCCAGAACGUGGCUGGCCAGAACAUCAUCAAGCAGGUGGCUAUUACAGGGCAGCUCGGCAUGAAGGCCCAGCCGGGAAGCGGUAUCCCCCUCACAGCCACCAAUUUUCGGAUCCAGGGCAAGGACGUGCUGCGCCUGCCGCCCUCCUCCAUCACCACGGACGCCAAGGGCCAGACAGUGCUGCGCAUCACGCCGGACAUGAUGGCCACGCUGGCCAAAUCGCAGGUCACCACCGUGAAGCUCACGCAGGACCUGUUCACGGCGGCGGCGGGCAGCGGCGCCAGCAGCAAGGGCCUCUCUGCCACGUUGCACGUGACCUCCAGCGCCGUCCAGCCCGCCGACUCUCCGGCCAAAACCAGCGCGGCCGCUUCCAGCGCGCCGGGGAGCACCAUGGUCAAAGUGACUCCCGACUUAAAGCCCGCCGAGCCCCCGAGCUCAGCCUUCAGGCUGAUGCCCGCCCUGGGCAUGACGGUGGCGGAGCAGAAGAGCAAAGCGGCCCCCACGGCGGCAGCCAGCGAGGCCAAGGCGGCCGCCACCAUCCGCAUCGUGCAGGGGCUGGGGGUGAUGCCCCCCAAGGCCGGGCAGGCCAUCGCCGUGGCCACGCACGCCAAGCAGGCGCCCGCUUCCUCGGCUGGGAGCGUGGCUGGCGUGGCCAGCGCCGCGGGCUCGCUGCCCGCCGCCUCCAAAGCGGUGGCCGUGGCCUCGGCCGCCGCCGGCACCCCCAUAACGUUGGGCCCCGGAGCCAGCGCCGUGCGGCAGGUGCCCGUGAGCACCGCGGUGGUGUCCACGUCGCAGGCUGGGAAGCUGCCGGCGCGGAUCACGGUGCCGCUGUCGGUGAUCAGCCAGCCCGUGAAAGGCAAGAGCGUCGUCACUGCCCCCAUCAUCAAGGGCAACCUGGGGGCCAACAUCAGUGGCUUGGGUCGAAAUAUCAUCCUGACUACGAUGCCUGCAGGGACAAAACUGAUCGCUGGGAACAAGCCAGUGAGUUUCCUGACCGCCCAGCAACUGCAGCAGCUGCAGCAGCAAGGCCAGGCCACGCAGGUGCGGAUUCAAACAGUCCCGGCCUCCCAUCUGCAGCAGGGAACAGUGUCUGGCACCACUAAAGCAGUCUCCACGGUGGUCGUGACGACCGCUCCAUCUCCAAAGCAAACCCAAGACCAGCUAUGAGCACCGGCUUGGAAGCAGAUCCAGGGGCAUCCCUGAUUCCGUUGGCACCAGAGCAAGGGAUUGGACUGAAACGCAGCACGUGCCAAAAGCAGCACGCGUGUCUGGAGGCAGCUUUGUGAUGUCUAGGUAGAAAUCAGCUGGGCUUACCAAACCAAGAUGGUUUUGGUCCCAGUGUGUAAAGCCAAGUCUUGUGGCACUGAUGGUGUAAGAAACGUCUUCCUCCUUUGUUCUCUUCCCAUGCAAAUGGCUUUUUUCCAAAAGCCACUUGUCAUUUCUGUGCGUUUUGGGUUGUAGACCAAGCAGGUAAUCUUGGGUCUUCCUUAACCAGUGAGACUUGCUUGGAGAAGGGGCAAUUCUUUGGCUCUUCAGGGGCACAAUGAAGAUACCUCCUCCUGGAGCCUAAUUGUCAAGACUUCAAGUGACUUAGACUUGGACACCCGAGUUUGUAACAUAGCCUGGAAGUAGCUCUCCUAACCCAUUCACUUCACUAUUUAUAGACUUUUUUUUUUUUUUUUUAAAUCUCUCUUCCCCAUCUCUCCAUGUGGGAGACAGAUCCCACUUCCAUGUCACACGUUUGUCAGCCUUUGUUAUGCUUAAAGGCAGGAAGAAUCCCUCAGCAGGGCAUUUUGUAUGGAAAAAAAUAGUAGCCACCAUGGGAAAGGGUGAGAACUGGAGGAAAAACAAAAUCUUUAUGUGCACAAACAAGUGUGUCAACAAGUGGAGUAUAUUGGAAAGGAAAAGGAGAAUGUUCCCCGGAAACUUCUUCCUUUAGUUUUCUUCAACUACCUUUUUAUCAGGCAAAGAUUGUAGCUUGUUUUAUAAAAAAAAAAAUGGACUGUGAUUUCAAAUACACCUGAGGAUUUGGACAGAGGAAAUGUUUUAGCCCGGCCUUUAGUUUGAUUCUUCUCUUUGGAAUUUUAUUUUCCAUGUAAAUUGUUUGAAUUUUGCACAUAACCGGAGACAAAUCUGUUGCUGUUCUGACGUGACCUGGAAGCCAUUCUUUGAAUGA